AUGCUGAACAAUUCAUUAGAUUAAGCGCUGACUCCUAAACUUAUGAAUUUUAAAUCUUAAAUUGAAAAAGAAAACAAUGGUCAAUCUGCCAUGAGCACACUUGAUUUGCCAUUUAUUAAUCAGCCAAAGCUAAGACUCAAUGUGAAGCAUACUAAUUCUGACAAGCAAUCAAUCCCCUUUGAAGACUACUAUAAAUUUGGAUAGUACUAAUCUUAGAGAGCAUAAACCGAGGAUUUAAGAAUUGUAAAGAGCAGCAUUGGCACAGGAGGUGCUUACUAAUCAACAAACGCCACUGAUGAUAUAAGUAUUUAACAGUAAAACAUUGACAAAAUGAUCUCUCAUAUCAAGAGCAAGAGUUCUUCUCAUAAUGUACCUAAGCAGGGCGAAAUGAGUUUUGAUUAAUUAAAGAGAGAAGCCAAGAAUCUUUAUUCUGCACUUUUUACAAAAGAUAGAACAACGAUAGAUUAGUAAAAAGUAAAAAAGAUCAAGCCUAAUAGUUCUAUUUAUGAUACCAAAAAGGGUUUCAAAAUAAAAUAAAAGAAUUCAGAAUCAGAUCAUGCUUCAACUGUAAAUAUAAAUGAAACGGAUGAAAGGGAUAGAUAUUAUGAGAAAAGUGUGAGAAAACAUGUUUAUAAUCCCCCUGAAGAGUCUAUUAAUGAAGGAGGGUCAUCAUUCAUAGACCAAAUUAGAAAAAAAUUUAACGAGUAAAAGUACAUGAAGAGGGAAGAUGUGCUCAAAUUACUAAGAGAUCUGUAACAAUAGGAAUCAGAAAAAUUAAAGUAAAAAGUGUUCGACUAGUCCGAUGUUUUUAAAGGCUUCUCCCUAGCUUAAGAUAGCAGGCUGUUUAAUUCAACUCAGCCAACGUUUGUAAACAGUACUAAUAAUGCAACAACAUUCAAAAAGGAUAAGUCAUUAAUAAUAAAGAAGAAUAAUCAAGGAACUUCGUAAUUAGUGCAGGAUGAUCUUUCGCAUAUGUUCUCAAUAAGCAAGAUGGGCAAGUACGAUACCUCGAUAAGUAGUAUGCUUUAAUCCUCUAAGCAUGUCUAACUAGAUCAGCCAGUGCUGAGCAACAAUCACGCAUCUUCUCGAAAUGGACUUCUUCAUGAUUCAAGAACCAACAAAAGUCAAUACUCUCCAAUCAAAAUUGUCUCACAAAUUGGGCGAUCAUCUUUUGAUGACAAUGAAUAAAAGCUAUUAAAGAAGUAUUCAAAGGACAGACUAAUUAAUGAUGAUAUUACCAAGGAGCCAUUUAAUGAAAAUAAUGAAUUCACUGAUAUGAUGAAGAUAGGAUUUAGAUCAUUGAAGAAGUUUGAGAACAAAACAAAACUGAGAAAAGGUGCUCCCUCUAAAAGAUCGAAGUCAUAGCUCUAAAGUUUCCCUAAAGCCUUUAAUGGAAAUAUUAUCUUGACAGCUGUACUCAGUUCAACAUUUUAGACAUAGGAUUAGUUGAAUUUCCAAGAUAUUGUUAGAGGUGGAAAAUUCUAGUCUGAUGGGACUUUUAGCAGAGUUUAGCAGGAGCUUUAUGAUAUAUAUCUAAAAGAAAGACUUGCGAAGUAGAAUAGUGGCAUCUAAACAGCGCAGUCUCAUCAUAAUUCUAGUCAGCAUAGAGGCUCAUCAAUAUAGCCUGAAAAUAAAAAAAUAAGUUUAAGCUCAACAUCAUCAAAACCAAUAACAGCUACAUAGAUUAUAAGACCUAAUAAAAAGUAUAAUAGUCUGCUUUAGAAAAUAUAAUAUGAGGAAUUCAAUUAAGAAAAUAGGAAACAAGUAUAGUUUCUUGAUGGAUGUGUUUAAAACAAUCAUAUGAAUAUGCCCUAAACUAAAAUCAAUAUCCUGCUGUAGCCUGUCACUCAUCUUGAAACAUCUGUAAUCAAUAAAGUUAUUGCAAAAUCUAAUCAAUUUGUCCUUGCAAUAUUUAAGCAGAAAAUAAAACUUCCAGAUGUACAGCUCUCUAAUCUCUUCAGAUACUUCAAUAUUUAAAUACCAAAGGUAAAUGGAUAAAUAGAUCCCUCAUAGUUUAAGUAAAGGGAAUUCUUGAAUUAAGCAAAUGAAAAGUUACUUUAAAAAUUCUACAAAGUAAUGAAUAUAGAAAAUAAUAACAUUGAGCCAUUAAUUGGUAAGAGCAAUAUGCCUUUUUACGUAGGGAAAGGAAACAACUUCUAUCUUGUAAGAUAAUUGAUAAAAAGAAGAGUUUGGUGGACUAGAGCAUAAAAGGAAGAUUAUAGCUAGUACUAAGGAAAUGAUGAAUAAAACUAUCAGGGAUGUCAUUUCAUUUGGACCUAAUGGAAGAAACCCAAGCAUAUUGAAUAUCUUAAAUAGCAUGGAGAAGAAGGCAUAAGAUUAUAUAAUAGAUUAGAUGACAAUUAUCAUCUAAGUAACAAGAAAGCGCUUUUUAGAAAUAUAGUCAAUUAUUACUAAUCUUAAGGUUUAGAUGCUUUUCAACUUGCCAUACCUCUUACUUUUCACAUUAGAAGUCUAAAUACCAGUGAAGAUAAGGAUUACAGUAGAUUUUUAGAUGAGUAUUAAAGACAAAAAUCAAAUAAUCAGCUAAAUAUUUGGAUCAUUAAGCCAGGUGAAAAUACUAAUAGAGGUUGCGGUAUUUAAGUCUCAGAUUCAUUGUCAGAAAUACAAUCAAUGAUGAGUGAAUUAAAAUCAAGAUCCUAGAGAACUUUUAUAGUUUAAAAGUAUAUUGAAAAGCCUUUGCUAAUUAAUGGGAGGAAAUUUGAUAUCAGAUGCUACGGUGUUAUGACAUCUAUAAAUGGUGUGUAGAAGGGAUAUUUUUACAGAGACUGCUAUUUCAGAACUAGUUCUAAAGAGUAUUCAAUACAAAACUUAUCAAACAGACUCAUUCACUUAACUAAUGAUGCUGUUUAAAAAUACUCAGAAGACUAUGGCAAGUAUGAAAAUGGCAAUAAAUUAUCUAUAAAUGAUUUUUAAAGAUACCUAGAUAUCAACUAUCCAUAGUUAAGUAUAAAUUUCAUGAGAGAUAUUUUCAGUCAAAUUGAGAGACUUAUAACUGAUACAUACCGAGCAGUAUACAAUAAAAUUGAUCCAGAAAGAGUCAAAAAUUGUUUUGAGCUAUUUGGAUAUGACUUUAUGAUAGAUGAAAACUUUAGAGUUUACCUAAUAGAAGCAAACACAAAUCCUUGUCUAGAAAUAUCCUGUCCAUUACUGGCACGAAUAAUUCCUGAAGUUGUUGACAAUACUCUUAGAAUUGCUUUAGACCCAUUAUUUUAGCCAGGUCAAUUUGAUUAAGAGUAUCAAAAUCUGAGAGAAUCAAAUGUUAAGGACAACAAGCCAAAUAAAAAAAGGAGUAGGAGAAUGGAUUUAAUGCCUUAAAUUAAGUUUAACCUAGUCUUUGAUGAAAGAGUUGAUGGUAAAAAUCUUGCAAAUACAUAAAAUACAAGAUCACCAUUCAGCAAGAAUUAGGAUGAAAAAGGGGAAUUUGAUAUUGCUAAGUUCGAGGAUGAUGCAAUCCAAGAAGAAAUGAGUAAUGAGGAAGAAGACUAUGAUGACGACGAAGACUCAGAAUAUCUUGAUGAUUUAUAGAACGAAUAUAUGUGA